GCGCGGAGCGGCGGCGCGGAGCCAUGGCGGGGGCGCCGCGGGGCAGGGCCGGCGAGAAGCAGUGCUCAUGGGCUUCCUACAUGACCAACUCCCCGACGCUGAUCGUGAUGAUCGGGCUGCCUGCGCGGGGCAAGACCUACAUGUCCAAAAAGCUCACCCGCUACCUCAACUGGAUCGGGGUGCCCACCAAAGUGUUUAAUUUAGGGGUGUAUCGACGCGAGGCGGUGAAGUCCUACAAGUCCUACGACUUCUUCAGGCACGACAACAAAGAGGCCAUGGAAAUCCGCAAACGCUGUGCCCUGGUGGCUCUGGAAGAUGUGAAGUCUUAUCUCUUGGAGGAGUGCGGGCAAAUCGCUGUGUUUGAUGCGACCAACACGACUCGGGAGCGACGGGACCUGAUCUUAAAUUUUGCUAAGGAAAAUGCUUUCAAGGUGUUUUUCGUGGAGUCUGUCUGUGAUGAUCCAGAGGUCAUCGCUGCCAAUAUCCUGGAGGUGAAAGUUUCCAGCCCUGACUACCCAGAGAGGCACCGGGAGAACGUGAUGGACGAUUUCCUGAAGAGGAUCGAGUGCUACAAGGUCACCUAUGAGCCUCUGGACCCGGAUGCUGAUGACAAAGAUCUUUCCUUCAUUAAAGUGAUUAACGUGGGCCAGCGGUUCCUGGUCAACCGAGUCCAGGAUUACAUCCAGAGUAAGAUUGUCUAUUACCUGAUGAACAUCCACGUCCAGCCGCGCACCAUCUACCUGUGCCGGCACGGGGAGAGCGAGUACAACCUCCUGGGCAAGAUUGGUGGGGACUCUGGUCUGUCAGCCCGAGGGAAACAG